AUGCCGGACUUCAACGCGCACGGACUGGACCCAAACUGGGCCGAGCCGGGGGCGGAUCAGGUGCAGGAGUUCUUCGACAUCCUGUCGGAGAAGUACGUCCGUGAUGAGCCAUCGCUUGUCCGGGAUACCACCAAGGAGGAGCUGGAUUAUAUUGCUGCCAGGGCGGCAGAGGCGGAGCUCGCUCGGGAGGCCGGCAGCACUGGCCACGUGGAGGACGAGGCCGAGGCGGCCGCGGAGGAGAAGGAGCUCGCCGGAUGGGCGGGGCCUGCCGGGGAUGCCAGCAGCGCCGACACCGGGGCCCCUCUCGUUGAAGAUGUGGUCGACAAGUCGACCGAAGAGGAGGCCGAGGCUGAUGACCCUCUAGCUUUGGAGAAAAAGUGUGUCCUGCAGCGGGCCAGCUCUGGCGAGCCGGUCCGGCCCGGCAGGACCGAGCAGCGGCAGGAGAUUCAGGGGGAGUCCGUGCGCCUCACGAGGGCCGCGGCAGCAAAGAAGGUGGUGAAAGCCGCGGUGGUGAAGAAGAAAGCGUCUGCCUCUUCUUCGUCCAAGCGUCCUUGGACUCCGCCCGCUUCUCCUCCUCCCGCGGACGUCGACAUAGAGGUCGUCUUCGAUUUUGGGUCUCUGAGCCCAAGGAGGAAGAGGAAACUAGUGGAGGAGGAGGCAAAGGAAGAGGACACGGAGACGCUGGCGCAGAGGGCGGCGAAGAGAGCCAAGGCCUCAACGGGCGACAAGCCCCCGGCGGGUACUUCAAGCACGCCGCUGGUGGAGUACAUCGACACCGUCAUCGAGGAUGUCGCCAGGGACGCUGAGGCCGAGGCUAGCAAGAUCGCCGCCGAGGAGGCCGCCAACACCACUGCUGAGGAUGCCGCCAAGGGGCCCGACAAGGAGGCCGGCAAGGCCAAGUCCAGGAUGGCAGCGGUGGAUAAGGCAGAGGCAGACCUCAAGGGGCGCGUCGCCGAGACGCAAGCUUGGUUUCGCCAAGCCCAUGAGGAGCUGAAGGUCGCCCAGGACCUGCUGGCCGAGCGCAAGCUAGAGCUCGUCAUGAAGCAGGCCGAGCUGAAAUCCCUGAAGCUGGAGGGUCUCGAGGGGAUGCUCUCGGAGGUCAGGUCCCGGGAGGAGACCCUGGCCAAGAAUCUGGAGAAGGAGAGGCAGCUGCGGAAGAAUGACGCCGCCAACUACGAGGAUUUUGUGAAGGGCGAGAACCUUUGGAUCAGCCACCUCGCCGACGUUGCUGGCAGGAUCACCAUGUAG